AACAAAGUGAAAAUGUUUUGUUCGAUUUUGUGACGAUUUUAUUGCUUAAAACACGAUUUAAAGCCGCAGAAAUGUCGAGCUCUGUGAAUACGAAGGUUAUACAGGUUACCAAUGUAGCCCCAACGGCUACUAAAGAACAGAUGAAGACAUUGUUUAGCUACAUUGGACGAAUAGAGGAGGUCAAGUUGUACCCUGCCGAAGAUUCCCCAUUACCAGUUGCAUCAAGGGUGUGUUUUGUCAAGUAUGAGGAUUCUGUCAGUGCCGGCGUUGCCUGUCAUCUUACAAACACUGUGUUCAUUGACCGCGCACUCAUUCUGGUGCCAGUCGAAGAUGGUAAAAUUCCUGAUGAAUCUCACGCAAUGCAGUUGGCUGCCCCUGGGGGAACUGUGGCCGGUGUCCUGCCCACGGCUUCAAACUGGCCCAGUAAUGUGGUCAAUCAAGUCACUGGCACCGGUGUUGGCCAGGUUAUUAUGACUCAUGACCCGAGACUGACCUCCAUGGGACUCCCGCAAUAUCCACCUUUACCUGCAACCAUGGAUGCCUCAAAAAUUGAUGAAAUCCGUCGGACUGUCUACAUUGAUAACCUGGAUUCUGCAGUGACAGGUGACAUGUUGAUGCAGUUCUUUGCCCAAGUCGGUGAGGUGAAAUACAUCAGAAUGGCUGGAGAUGACCGUGAGAAGAGUGCGUAUGUUGAGUUUACUAACCAGACAUCAGUUCCUACUGCGUUCACUUUCAAUGGCGUGAACUGCGGCACCAAACCAAUCAAGGUGUCCCAUUCUACAGUCGCCAUCAUUAAACCGAUGCCCAAGAUUGAGAUUCCUUCGAAGGAAGUUGAAGAGGCAAUGAAGAAAGUCAAGGAGGCACAGUCGCUCAUAUCUGGGGCAGUCGAAUCAGGAAUGAAGGAAUCCAUCAACAAGCCAAUGAAACCAGAAUAUCGUCACGACCGUCGACCUCAGAGCAGGAGUCCAAUCAGAGGAGGCAGACGCAAGAGAUCUAGGUCAAGGUCACGUCGUUCAAGGUCACGGUCUCGUAAGAGGUCAUCGUCUCGAAGUAGAAGGUCAAGGUCACGAAAACGUUCAAGGUCAAGGGGUCGAAGGUCGAGAUCUCGUUCUCGAAGGUCAAGGUCUCGUUCUAAGAGAUCACCAAGGCGACGUAGGUCAAGGUCCAGGAGUCGUAACAGAGGCCAGCACGCCAAACCCAAAUCCAACCACCGUCGUCGCUCGAAAACUCCCCCACGAGGCUACCGCAGUUCGAGACGAUCCCGUACUCCGAGCAGUAUUCAAGCACCGCCGGAUAUCAUAGAAAGGUCCCGUAAGCGUAGCACUUCCCGAGGCAGGAAGAAAUCACCAUCGCCCUAUAGCAGGAAGAAGAAGGCCAUGUCAAGAUCACCAUCGCCUCCUGUGCUGGAAAAAGAGUCCCUCUCACCUAGUAAGAGGUCAAGGUCAAGGUCGAGAACUCCCAAGUUAACUAAGAAGCCAAAACGAUCCAAGUCCCGGAGCCCCCGUCGUAGGUCAAGGUCACGUGACAGGAAGCGUGGUGGAUCCCGCUCUAGGCAUGUCAAGAAGGAAAAGAAAAGAGACCGUGAUCGAAGCCGUGAGCGCAGCAGCAAAAAGAAGGAUUCGAAAAUCAACAUCCAGCGCGAUUAUGACGAGGAAGAAAAGGGCUACAGCAGUGAAAAUGACGACAAAAAGGGAGCGAGAGCUGCAAGACGAAAUGAAGAAGUAAAGGAGGAGACGCUCGAUGAGACAAAAGAUAAUUUGGAAACGGAAGACAUGGAUAUGGACAGUGAUUAGACAUUUAAAUGAGUUGGCAAAUUUUAGUUUUUAGUCUACGGUGAACUACUCUUCUGGAUUUUGAAACAGUUGUUGUAGGUUAGCUUGACAGAGUCUAUGCCAAUCCAGAGUGCAAUUAUGUACCAAGGAAGUUCAAGUGAAGAUCUGUGUUUUCAAAGCAUAUGUCUGUACAUGUAUUGAUGGUGGACAGAUUCUUUGUGUAAGAAGGUGAAAGUCUCAUUAAUAGUGUAAGCUCACACGUUGGUCAAAUUUGUGGUGUUUGUGAAAAGUAACGAGCUCGAUUGAAACUAGAUGAUGAGAAUGAUGCUAUUAUUGUGGUAUAUUGUAAGUCCCCCUCAACUUCUCAAUUCAUUAAUCUAAAACUCAUUUGAAUGGUAAUACAAAGUACUUUAGCAACUGCGCCUCUGACAAUAUGGCAAAGCCAGAGUCAGUUUUGAAAGAUAUACUUCAAUGAUGAUAUUGCUCAUCUUGGCAGUUACAUUUUUAUUCCUUGAUUGUCCAAGUUGUUUACCUUAUGACUGUUGUGAAAUAAAAAGAUGUAAUCAGAAA